AUGCGCAGGGGCUUGAUCGAAAGCCUUCUUGAAGCGGCGAUCAAUAUCACUAUCGCCAACAACUUGACGGCCGCUGGCAAUGUGACGGUUGAUGCAGAUCUGACUUCCUUUAACGAUGAGGUUGCCAAGAAUAUGACUGCUGAAGAUCUGUAUGCGUUGCUCAGAAUCACACGUCCUUGCUUUGGUCGCUCUGGUCUAAGUGCUGCCUUCUGCACUACGGGAGAGACCAGCUGGUACUUCAUGUCCAUCUCUAUGGGCACGGCGCUCACCAUGGCAAUGUUCUCAUUGUGGGAAUUGAUGUUGGAACUGUGUGUUCGGAGACUCUGUGUAUGGCUGGGGAGGCUGGGCAAGGUUGACAUAUGGCUGGCUCGCAUCGGUGCGCACCUGCUUCCCCUCGGCCUUCUGGUUGGGACGAAUUCACUGUGGGCAGGCCUUCUUCUGGUACCCAUCAUGUUCCUCGUGAUAUGCGGCGGCUUCUUGGAGCUUGCACAGCUAGAGAUGGUGGCCGUCUUGACAGAAGUCAUCUGGCAAGUCUGCAGGACCAGACCGCAAGUCGCUCGUAAGUUCUGGAUCUGCAAGCGGGACACCGAGGAUCUGGGCGUGGGCGAUAUUGUGGCCGAAUCAACCAUUACCUUAUCCAACAUCAAGACGUAUGAGGCCGGUGUCUACAUUGCGGGUCUCAGUGGAGCUUCUCGCCCUGACUUGGCGACUGAAGAUGCGAGACCUGAGAUCAGAGAUCAGGACGACCGAGAAUGUCCCAUCUGCACAGAAUGCUACAAGAAGGGUCAACUUCUGGAUAUCCUCCCUUGCAAGCUAGGACAUCGCUAUCACGCCACCUGCAUCGAUCAAGCCUUCAAGAACAAGCUGGAGUGUCCCUAUUGCACGCAGAAAUUUGUAACGGUCGGGAGGCUCGAGCCCAGGUGA